AUAAAAAUUUCUCAUCUUUGUUAUUCUUGAAAAUGUGUUCAUCGAAAGUAAUCUCGAGGCAGUUGAAGGAAAUUGAGAGGGUAAACAAUGAUCUCUUCAGUGCAGGACUGGUGGAUGGAGAUUUAUUUCACUGGCAGGCCAUGCUGAUGGGGCCCAAAGGUUCCCCUUAUAAGAACGGGGUUUUCAAAAUCACCAUGCACAUUCCUCCUGAUUACCCGUUCAAGGCACCGAAGGUCUCGUUCAACACAAAAGUCUUCCACCCAAACGUGGGUGUCCAUGGCAGCAUCUUUCCUAAGAUGUUUGAAAAUGAAUACUUCUCGCCCAUCUACACCAUCAAUCGAAUCCUCACUGAACUUCACGAGAAGUUAACUGCCCCAGAGAUAAGCGAAUGCGACUAUUUUGAUGAAACCAUAGCCAAACUCUACUGGAAGACAAGGCAGCUUUUGAUUCAGUUGCUCGUGCAUGGACUGCGUAGCACGCUUAUAUUGGAAGGAACAGAUUUGAAGUUCAAACCUAAUGACAAGGAUUCGCACAGGGAAGAGGCGAAGUAG